AAUCAUACAGCAACCCUAACGAUACCUAGUUCACACCAUAUCCUAAAUGCUAAGUAACUAUCCAUAUCUCUGAAUAUGCUCCAUCUUUCUCGAUACGCGCCUUAGGUAUUGUUAUCCGAUUCAUCUUAAGUUUAGGUACCACGCACGACAUAUGUACCUAGUGCUGAAAUGAGUGCUCUCGUUGAAUCUUUAUUAUUAGUCCGAUGCCGUAUUUAUCACUUCAUAUUAACUGGCCAAUCUACGUCCUUUCUUCUUCUGUUUUCCGUUCUAUCUUGUUCCGGGAUGAUAUUAGACGUUCGUUAUUUUACCCAUAUAUGGUCUAGCAACCAUUAUGGCCAACCAGAGUUCAGCUCGAGGCUUAGAAGCCAAUUCUUGCCUUUUUUACGUCCCUAGUAGUUUCUCUGUCUGAUAUAUUACCUUCACCCUCCCAGUCCCUGGUCACUCAUCCCUUCGUUGCGUAUUGCCAUAAACUGUCAUGAUCCUAGUAAGAGUUCCAUAUAAUAACACUCAUCCAUCUUAAGGAGGUGGUUGACCAUCAUAGCGAGCUCAUGGGCCAUGGCGGCAGAAACAACCAGAUGUCACUCUAUGCCGGCAUCGUCGUUCUAUAAACUUAGUAUGGAGUUGUUAAUAUUUAUCUUUCACCAGUUGCGGGACAUUGACUCUCGGGCAUUGGCUAAUGUUCGUCAAUUAUCAAAACGAUUCGAAGCCAUCGUUACGCCUAUUUGCUUUGAAUCAAUUUACCUCAACGAACGUAUUAUAGCACCCGAGACUGAAAUAUGUUUCCCUCGGGUAAUCCAAAGUUUAUGCUCGUUCACCAGGCAUGUCGAAGUGAACAGUGAUCUUGACCCAGUAGCUACUAGAAGAUUGUUAGACAGAUUGCAGCGGCUUUCAUCGCUAAGAUGGUGUUAUGUAAGAACACAUUGUUCCGGAAAUUUCACGAUGCCUUGUAAUAUCCUUGGCUUAAAACACGUCCAUAAUAACAUCAGACUAUAUGUCGAAGACUUACCUUUACAUGGUUUCAACGGUGACUCACAUGCUCUAAACUUCCAAGGAAUACCUACGAGUAGCCUUGUUUCUUUAAAGAUGUUUGCUUCUAUACCAUCGCUAACGAGCUGCCUCGGGUCAUUGAAACGACUACUUCUUGAGUCCCGAUCGAUCGAGACUUUCCAUCAUGAUGAUCAUGGCCAAGGGACACAAUUCUCGUUUAAGGGGAACGAACGAUUACCGGCAUUCCGAGAACUGUCGCUUCGCUCCUAUGACUGGAACCAUAGCAUUAGCGAAGUCGAAAAGCACUGGGACUUCUCGCGGUUGCGUCGACUGAUCCUCGUCGAUGUACCUUUGUUCUCAUUUCUUAAUUCAGUGCCUUUCACCCAUCUUCACCAGCUUCACACAUUACAUUGUGAAGACUUCAGCACGCAUCUACCAGACCAGCGCCAGGAAACAACCAGGAUUCUGUACAAGCUCGCCCUACAGAUACGAGCACUUCAUACAUUCAAAGUAACCUGCCACACAACUCUGUUCCCCGUAUCCGGGAUUCUCGUCCAUGCCGAUUCGCUACGUAUCUUACGUUUCCGCGACUACGUUGGCUUCGGUGAUGAAAUAAGGCGAUGUCCGACGAUGCAGGCUGAGGAUCUUUCUCUUCUGUCCCGUAAACUCAGAUACCUCCAUACAAUCGAGCUAGACAUGGAUGUGGACCUAUGCGAGCCGGCUUUGUUCAUCCGCGCACUCUGCAAAUUUCCCCAGCUAGAUACCCUCGUCCUCCACACGCAGACGGUCCUCCAAACUUUAGAAGAAAACCAAGGGAGUGCAGAUCCCGACUACGAUGCCUCCAUGAAAAUAUUCUCUGCCCUAAUGAGCGGUAAGCAGGGAAAGUUGUGGAGGAGUAUCACGAUUAAUGUGGGCGGAUGGAAGCCUGUCAUGGUUCGCCGGAUUAGUGAGUCGUGGCAGCAGCAGAAUAGGCGUGGGUUCUUUGCCGAGAGGUGCUUCGUAUUGGAGAAGGAUACGGAUAAUGUUGAGGUAGAGGUUCGUGAGAAGAUGGGUGUGGAUAAUAGCCCUGUCUGCAGAUAGUGCUGUGAACGACUCUGUAUGAAGACUGCUCAAGGAUGCAAAGUGGGAUAAAUAACGAAGUAUGUCAGCUAGGUAAGUAACUGGACCUUAUUAACUUAUCAUCCCCUUUUUUUCAACCUUCUAUCCUCUCUUGAUCUCAUGGUUUAUGUCGACGGACGGUUAUUUAACCUCGAACUCGUUAUACUUCGUCUAUUAGUUCUAUUAUCCAAAUUGAUAGGUGACCAUAGCCAGUUACGUAAAUACUUAUACACCAUUCGCUGCAUAUAUUCCGUAUCUUUUAUCAUUCCGUAUUUUCAACACCUUUACACUUCUAUAUUAUAUGUGUGU